AACGCCACGCCCCUCACCAUAGCAACGCAUGUAAACCGGGAAGUGGGUGCAAAGGGAGUUUGUCCUUCAUUCAGUGUGUGCGUGUUUUUGCCUUUUCUGUGUGUUUCUAAGCUAACGAUGGCCGCCAACGGUGAGCAAGCGGUGGGUUCUGGUGCUGAACAAGCUAAGAUCGCAACAGAACCGAUCAUGGUCACGGAAAACAAAGAUGCAGAAAUUCUCCCAGUGAGAGACCUUCCAUGUGCGAAUCCUGGGAACCCGAUCUUCUCAUGUAUGGAGAGAAUCAGAACACCAAAGGAAUUAGGAGAGUGGUACAGAGAAACCCCUGUGAAGCCCCAGAACCCCAUGUACAGAACGACUAAUGACACGUAUGGAGGCAGGGUGCCCACAGUCGAGGACAUGCCUCAGACUUUCCAUGCUAAGUCACAGAAAUUCUCUGAGCAUCUCGGAGUGUGUGGAAUGUACCGCAACCAUUCUCUCAACACUGCCUUGGACCAGAGUAAAGUCUGACGCUGUCAUUAUUUGUAAAUAGCAUUGGACAUAAGUAGCUGCUGCUGUCUUCUACCACCAGAUGCUGCACUCUCAGUGUACAGUCAUGUAUCUAAGGAACCAUCAUGUUAAGAUGUGUUAUGGUCGCCAUUAUUGCAAAAGUGCAAAUCUCGUUCAAGACACUUUGAGUGUACAUUUUUAAUUUUAAGUACAUGAUUUGGUCAGAUAAAAGGACAUCUUCCUGGCCAAUCACAAAUAAAAAGUCUAUGAAAUUGUUUAUCUUGAUUUCUAUGUAAGACAAUACUUUAUGAGUUCUAUAAAAUAAUCAGUAUUUAUUUACAUAAAGAUGCAUUUCUUGAUACCUUUGUUUAUUAAGCACUGGUUUGAUAGUAUAGUAUAGAUACCUGUGCUGCAAGUAAGUUGCUGGAAACCUGUAUCUACAGAGAUACCUAUCUGAGUGUUGCUCAAAGUUCCAACUGUGAAAAACGAUUGUCUUGCCCAUUAUGUAUCUUAGGUGUCAAUCUUCAUUAUCACAGUGAAUACAUGUACAUUAUGAAAUUAAAGUGUACCACACUGGGAAUGUCCUGGACAUGGUUUAUGUCAUUUGAUCUGUUC